AACGAGACCAAGCCACCACCGAACUCCGUUCAUCCACCACCACCGCCACCACCACCGCCACCACCACCACCACCGCCACCACCGCCACCACCGCACCGGCGACGACCACGGACCCCGACAAUCGGCAGGGAGGUGUCGGGCCUGCGGUGAUGGAGGACCGCGACGAAGGCCUCUCCAGCUCGGAGCUGAUGGACCGCCUCUGCAAGUUCAUCUACGCCAAGGAUCGAAGCGAUCGCAUCCGGACCUGCGCCAUCCUGUGCCACAUCUACCACCACGCGCUGCACGACCGCUGGUUCCAGGCACGAGACCUCAUGCUCAUGAGCCACCUGCAGGACAACAUCCAGCAUGCAGACCCACCCGUGCAGAUCCUGUAUAACCGUACGAUGGUGCAGUUGGGCAUAUGCGCCUUCCGCCAGGGAAUGAUCAAGGAUGCUCACAAUGCACUGCUGGACAUCCAGUCCAGCGGGCGCGCCAAGGAGCUGCUGGGACAGGGCCUGCUACUUCGCAACAUGGCCGAGCGUAACCAGGAACAGGAGAAGGUGGAGAAGCGCCGUCAGAUGCCCUUCCACAUGCACGUCAACCUUGAGCUGCUUGAGUGCGUCUACCUCGUGGCCGCCAUGCUGCUCGAAGUGCCGUACAUGGCCGCGCACGAGUUUGACGCCCGCCGGCGAAUGAUCAGCAAGCAGUUCCACCACCAGCUGCGCGUGAGCGAGCGUCAGCCGCUGCUGGGCCCCCCCGAGAGCAUGAGGGAGCACGUGGUGGCGGCUUCGAAGGCCAUGAAGAUGGGCGACUGGAAGGCGUGCCGUGCCUACAUCCUCAACGACAAGAUGAACGCCAAGGUGUGGGAUCUCUUCCCCAAGGUGGAGAAGGUGCGCUGCAUGCUCGUCCGGAAAAUCCAGGAGGAGUCUCUGCGGACU